AUGUCUGUGCUUCGCAGGAGAAAAAUGACCGGCAAGACUCAGACCAGCAAUGUCACUAACAAGAACGACCCGCGCUCCCUCAACUCUCGGGUCUUUAUCGGCAACCUCAACACCGCCAUUGUGAAGAAGAGCGACAUCGAGGUCAUCUUCGCCAAGUACGGCAAGAUCGUGGGCUGUUCGGUGCACAAGGGUUACGCUUUCGUCCAGUACAUUAGCGAAAGGAAUGCACGGGCCGCCGUAGCUGGAGAAAACGCCAGGAUAAUCGCAGGACAGCCGCUGGAUAUUAACAUGGCUGGAGAGCCCAAGCCCUACAGGCCUAAAGCAGGAUCCAAACGACCCCUGACUGCUGUCUACAGUGGUUAUGAAUUUGAUUAUGAUUACUACAGAGAAGAUUUCUACAACAGGCUCUUUGAUUAUCAUGGACGGGUGGCUCUUCCACCAAGGGCAGUGAUUCCUCUGAAACGCUCGCGAGUUGUUCUUCCAUCCACUCGACGCGGAAAAAGCUCCUUCCCUGUUAAAUCCUCCUCCUCUUCUUCCUCAAGACCUCCAUCGUCAUCAUCGUCCUUCUCCUCCGGGCUGAAAUUGAAGUCAGAUCAACUGCAGACCAUCAAACGUGAGCUGACGCAGAUCAAGAUGAAGAUCGACUCUCUUCUGGGCCGCUUGGAGAAGAUCGAGAAGCAGCAGAGAUCUGAAUGCGAGCCUCAUAGGAAAUACGAGGAUAACUGCGACUCUCUGCACGAGGGCUCAAUAUCAGAAACAGCAGAAAACUCUGGAGAAGAGGGAGGAGAAGGAGCGCUGGACGCCGAGGCUGGAGAAAUGACGGAUGGAGGAGAGGAUGACUACGAUGAAGAGGGCAGCACUGAUCUGAUGGAGAAUCACGUGUCUGACAUUGACAACUGAAGUUUUGUUUUUAGAAUUCUGCAUCGAGAGAGAAAUCAACAGAAGACUCCCGAAUCUCAGUCAAGAAAGAGCGACGUCUCUUCUUAAAGAGGCUCCAAGGCUCUCCAUUGGCUGUUUAGACGCAGAGCAAAUAUUUUGACAAGUUUAGCAUCUGCUAGUCACAACUGCUGUUUUUCAUUUCACAGCGUUUGGCACAUUCGCUUAUAUUUGAUUUGCACACAUCCUCUAAAAGUCAAAGAAGAUCACAAUUAAUUUUGAAGUUCAUCAUGCGAACACGACAGCUUGGUUUUUCCUUCAAGGAUAAUUUCCCUUGAGCAAAUAUGAAGGGUUUUUGCAGUCUCUGUGUGUGGAAAAUGAGCCUUAAAUGUCAGAAAAAUCCAUUUUGGUAUUUUUGAAAGCUUCUCUGUCAACAGAAUUGAUUUCAGUCAUUUUUAAGGAUUAUAAAAAAUGAUAAUGAAGAGGUCUGACAAGAAAUGUUUCAUCAAACUG